AUGGAGCCCUCCUCCCUCCGCCACAAUUUCAUCCUCUCCGCCGCCAUGAAGCCCAACCUCCCGAUUUUCAUGGUCGUGGCCUCCGUCUUCCUCCUGGGCUGCUUCAUGUACAUCGCCGACUUCCCAUUCUCUCGAUCCAAAGCCCUUCACAUUCAAGAAACCGUCUUGAAAUCGAAUGGUGAAGAGUGCGAUUUAUUCACGGGGAAUUGGGUUUUCGAUAACGUCACUCGCCCUCUCUACCGAGAGGAUGAAUGCAAGUUCUUAACGGCGCAGGUCACCUGCAUGCGAAACGGAAGGAAAGAUUCCGUUUAUCAGAAUUGGAGGUGGCAGCCUCGAGAUUGCUCUUUGCCCAAGUUUAGGCCAAGAUUGUUGCUUAACAAAUUGAGGAAUAAGAGACUGAUGUUCGUCGGAGACUCGUUGAAUCGUAAUCAGUGGGAAUCCAUGAUUUGUUUGUUGCAAUCUCUUGUCCCUCCCUCCAAAAAGAGCCUCCACAUCACUGCUUCAUUGUCCAUUUUCAAAUUUCAGGAUUACAAUGCUACAGUGGAAUUCUACUGGGCCCCAUUCUUGGUAGAGUCAAACUCUGAUGACCCAAAUAUGCACAGCGUCUCGGAUCGCAUCAUCUUGCCUAAAUCAAUCCAAAAACAUGGCACCAAUUGGAAAAAUGUGGACUACCUCAUUUUCAACACUUACAUUUGGUGGAUGAACACUCCCUCCAUGAAAGUUGUGCACCAAACUUCGAGCGAAUACGAGCAAGUGGAAAGGGAAGUGGCCUACAGAAGCGUGCUCAACACUUGGUCCAAAUGGAUCGAGAAAAAUGUAGAUCCAAAUCGCACCAAAGUUUUCUUCAUGAGCAUGUCGCCUCUUCACAUCAAGAGCUCGGAUUGGGGAAACGCGGAGGGCGUGAAGUGCGCUAGAGAGACGUCUCCGAUCGUCAAUGCGACGCCGGCGCUGGACGUGGGGACGGACGGGAGGCUGUUUGCGGUGGCGGCGAGCGUGACUAGGGGGAUGAGAGUGCCUGUGAGUUUCCUCGACAUCACGCGCCUCUCCGAGUACCGGAAGGACGCGCACACGGCUGUCCACACCAUCAGGUAUGGGAAGAUUCUGACGCCGGAGCAGAAGGCGGAUCCGGCGGCGUUUGCCGACUGCAUACAUUGGUGCCUCCCUGGAUUGCCGGACACGUGGAACGAGCUCCUUUACGCUCGAAUCAUCUCUGCAUCUUGACCGUUGCUGGAAUUUUAUUGAUUUUGGAAAUGUGUUUGUAAUAUGAAAUUGCAUAUACAAGUGAA